CUCAGUCGAAAAGUGCGUUCGCAUUGCGCACUUCAAGGCAAACUAACAAAAUAUUCACUAAAAAGCAUAAAUUAAAAAAAACGCGAUUUGUAAAAUAUAAAAGAUCUUACAACUUAAGUUGUAAAAGCAAUAGUACACUGAACACAACGUGGAAAACACAAAACGAACGCGUCUUUCGCAAUUGUCUCGAUUUGUGAGUGCUUGACUCAGUUUUUUGUGAUUUGAGUGAGUUGGUUUUUUACGUGACCAAUAAGAACAGCGAUAAAGGCGUUUGCAAGUGCAUAAAAACAAUACACAACGAAUUUGUUUAUAUCAUAUUUCUAAACAAAUACACGUCAAAAGCAACAAAUACGAAUUUCACUUUUAAAGCGAGUGUAUAAGAAAAUACAAAAAGACUGCAACAACACUGCGCCCCACUCACGCACACCUCAGCGCACCAACACAAACGAACAUUUACGCUCAGACACGCAUACACAGGCGCAACUGAAACGAGAUUUGGAGACUUGUGGCUUGUGUGUGUGCAUGUUUGGAUAAGCGUGUAUUAGUGAGUUCGCCCCUCUUUAGCACUGGGCAGCGACUACGUACAGGCGAGCGCAAAAAACCAACACUUUUGGCGCCAAAACUUUGACAUUUCGCUUAGUCGUGCAAUUCGCAAACAAGUGUCCAAAGUGUAGGCAGCAAAACUGCGUCGCAUCGCAGUCCAAAACACAGGAAACAAAAAUAGAAACGAAACAAACAAAUUUUAAAUAAAACAACCAACCAAACUACAACAAAAACAUGGUCAGUGCACGCGUGCUCCGUCCGGUGGUGCGCAGUGAAUUCUGCAAGAUGAGCUUCAGUCCCGCCGUAAGUCGCAAUUCACCCUGCGGCCCUCAAUUGGAACGCAUUAAGCGAAAUCUCUUCGGUGCAGCGCAGACGCCGCUGGUGGAGACCAAACCCUCCUUUAGCGCAGAGCUCGAACGCCAUCAAGAGUUGGCCACAAAGAAAUGGGGCUUUGAUUUUCGUAGCGAUCGCCCGCUGGCCAAAAAUGCCAGCUACAUCUGGGAGCGAGUCAGCACACAGGAAUCAGACUAUGCGCCGCAAAUGUACACACUCACCCGUGCUGCUCAUGUGCGUCCCGAUGCCUAUGACUCGGCCAGCGACAUGGAUGCGCUGCUGAAUGAGCGCGCCGAUCGUGAGAAUUUGGUCAACUCUUCGAUGGACUCCAACACAGACACUGAGUAUGACUCACAGGAUGAGUCGCUGCCAUUGCAUUUCACCAGCAGCAGCAGCAGCAACGUGGUCGCCUCCACGUCGGCAGCCGCUUUGACCGCCUCCUCCUCGUCCUCCGCCACCAGCAACUCGCCCGCGCAGCAACGCAAACGACAGCUCAAAAUCACAGAGUUCAUGAAGGAGCGCAAGCGUCUGGCCCAGGCGCCCAAAAAAAUCUCACCCGCCAAACGUAUGCGCACCAGCUCCGGCAGCAGCAGCAGCAACGGCGGCUCCAGCUCGAGUGCAGCUCUAUUUGGUUGCCAGCUGAAGCGUACGCGUCACAACUAAACUCAAUCAGCUGCUGUGCGCCACAUCCCAGCGAAAGUAGUUGCAACCUACUCUCCACCAAAAAGAAAAACGAAAGCGAAAACUCAAUUUGCAAUUUGUAUUUGUAAUAUUAAUUUUAAUUUUUUAUAACACUGCAAACAAAAUACGUAAUUUUUUUACACACUUCAAUGGCUAACAUUUUAAGUAGCUUUCACAUUACAUUUUUUAUAAAAAUUAAGUACUCAUUUUUGUGCAGUGCAAGGGCGUAAGUUGCGAAUAUUAACUAAUAGUCUAACUAGUUUAAAUGCCAGUUACUACAACCAGUACUAGUACUAGAACAAAAUAGCGACUAAGCAUUUAAGUAUCGAGCUAUAUGAAACUUUUUAGAUUUCUCUAGUGAGAAAUGCCAUAAACUAAGUGAUUAGUUCUUAACAACAACAACACACAAAAAACAACAACAA